UGCAUUCUGUCAAUGUUAGAUUGGAUUCUGAAGACUGUAAUUUUCCGGAAAAUUUAAAGAAAACUGUUAAGAUUUAUUUCAAAAAGCUCUGAGAAUCGCUAAUUUCAACAGAUUUUUCAACAAUUCUAAUCGUUUAUGUCUACAUGAUUACUAAAUUUUCCCAUAAUGUUAAGUUUUUUUUUCAUAAACUUGAGAUAUCAAUAAAUGUCCUUACCUAAAAAUUGAUUUUAAACUGCCAAUUUUGAGAACGCGAAAAAUUAUUGAUAAAAAGCUGUAACUGUAACUGUAAAAACUCUGUGCUCAAAUAACACGGAUUAUUUAUUGGAUAAUAUUAAAAUAUACUUCAUCAUGGGCGAUAAUAUCGAUGAUAUGGAAAUGCUUACUGCAUUAUACGAUUUUGAGGCUACGCUGGCUAAAACUUUGAGUUUUACAGAAGGUGAAUUCUUUUACCUUCACCAGAGUAAUACGAAACAGAGGAACUGGUGGCAUGUUGUCAAUAAAAAAGGUCAAAUCGGAUUCGUACCGUCGAAUUACGUCGCUGCAGUCAAGGUUGAACCAGACUUCUUUUUGGCGUUUCUUAAUGAUUGCAUCAAAAAUUUAAAUGACAAUGAUACAAUGACUCCACCAAAAUCAGAACUAAUAUCAAGAUUGAAUGAAAAGAAAAAACAAAUACAGACUUUGAUAAAACCACCAAGUAAAAAGCAGGCUGCACCUAAGCCUCCUCCACGACUUGAUGACAGUACACCACCGAAUGGUGUGUCGCCAUGCUUCGACUUAAGGCCAGUUGUAUCUCAGCAGCAGAUUUCGGAAGAAAAACAAUCCUGCUCAUCUCCUAAAUCAAUGAACAGUGAAAUUGCAAAGGAUAAUGAUGAUGAGAAAAAGAUUUUAAAUGUCAAAUUGUCAUCGAAUCAACUGUCCUCUGACACUGAUAAUCAGGAUGACAGCCAGGACAGCAGUGAAAGCAUAAAGCCGAAUGCCAUCUAUGAGAUUGUUCAAUCUGUCCGUAGAGAGACUCAACUCAGCCAUGACAUGUCAAAAGUUGCUGUUGAAACUGUUUUGAUUUCAUUAAGAGAAUUUUUGCCUGGAGGUGCAGCGAGAUCAAUCAUUGAUGCAUUGCUUCGAGAGGCAAACAGCAACAUAACAUGUCCUAAAAAUGCAAUUGACGCAGCUCCAGAUGCACUGCGAAUGAUGACUGCAUUGAAUGCAUUGUCCAAGGCAGCUAAUGAUGCUCAGCAACGAGGCUGGGCUCUACAUGAUGAUGCUCAUGAUAUACAAACACAGUUGUUAGAACUGAUCUCUGUUAUGUCAAAUGCAGAUGUGAAUAUCUCUCAACAUGUAUUAAGCAGCCAUCGUUAUGUCUAUGUUACAACACUCGUCCAGUAUUACCAGAUGGAAACACGAUGGCCCCUACGUCAACUCUUACUUCAAGCAUUCGGUGUGAUGUGCGGUCUAGAACGAACAGCGCUUGCUACGUUGGCGCUGUCAGCGCUUCCCGCUGAAAUAGCGCGCGACAUGCGUGACAACCCGCGCGCUGUCAGCCGUCUCUCGCAUUCCGCCUUGUUAUUGUCUAUGGUACUAUCUAUGGGUGACAAACUACCGAUUACGCACUUUGAACAACUUGGCGCCGAAUUCGCUCAGUUUCUCCUCGAGUUGACAGAAAACCCACCGGAAACAGAUGUUGAUGAACAAAUCCCUGAUUUGUUUCUAACACUUCUUCUCGCAUACAAUUUACAAUUUGAAAACUCAUUUGAGAACUUAUUACUGAACGCGUUGGAGACGAUAGAUAACGCGAAAAUAUUCUGCGAGAAAGUUCUUCUACUGCUGAACCGUGAAGAGGAUCCAGUGCACAUUUUCGACCACGAACCGGCGCCUGCGCACUCCGUUCUGAAAUUGGCCAUAGACCUAUUCAGCCGUAAGAAGACCGCCGAACAUUUCUACACGAACGACGUGAAAGUUGCUAUAGAUAUAAUCGUGAGGCAACUGGCUGAUCUCUCCGCUGGUGAUGUACGUCGUCAACAAUACCUCAAGAUACUCCAGGGAAUAAUUCGCAACACAGAUUAUGGAUCACACUUACAUAGAAGAGACGAUUUGCUUCGUUGUUUCGCGCGAAUUUUCUGCGAGGAAGGCGACUCGAGUCGUGAUGACCAGACACUUGUACGGGCUAUUUCUAAUGAGUUUCCGCAAUAUUUCAAGGCUUAAGCUGUGGAUGGUUGGUGUGCUAUAGAAAGCUAUAACGUUGAGCUUAAAAUACGUUGGAACACCAGAAGCUUUAGCAGGACCUUCUUGGAUAAAUUCAUAGAUACUUAAUCCCUACAAAUGUAAAUCUCCUCAA